UCAAACCAGGGCCUUACCCGCAGAACGUCAGUUGUGGAAAUCAGCUGGUGCAACAUACCGCAUGGGGUUGUGGUACGGUCCUAAUGGGCGCCCAUGCUUACCUAAAUGUUCAAAAAGGGGGUGUCAAAGGGGGGAAUGGUAGAUAGCAUUGACCAGCACUGGUAUACACAAGGAUUUUCAAACUAUGCACAAAGUUUUUGUGCAAAAUGUAUUGUGUGUGUCACCAACAACAUAGGAAGAGGAAAGAAAGUAGCACCCACUAGCCACCCACAACCAUCACUACCAUUUGAUCACCUGAUGAUGGAUUUUAUAGAGUUAACACCAUGUGAGGGAAAGAAGUAUUGUUUGGUGAUAGUUGACAUGUUUUCCAAAUGGGUUGAGGUAUUCCCCACCAAAGCGGCCGACUCUGCGGCCGUGGCCAAAGCCUUGAUCACAGAAAUCAUCCCAAGGUGGGGAAUCCCAAAGAAAUUGUCCAGUGACAAUGGUUCACAUUUUGUGAACCAAGCCAUCCAGCAGUUGUCCAAGUAUGUAGGAAUUGAUCUACGCAACCAUUGUGCGUACCACCCUCAGAGUGGUGGGGCAGUGGAGAGGGAGAAUGGUACUCUAAAGAACAAACUGGCCAAAGCAGCUGCGGAUACAGGUAUGUCAUGGCUAAAGGUCUUGCCACUGGUCCUCCUGGCCAUGAGAGGACGCACCAGAGUAAAGGUAGGUCUGUCCCCUUAUGAAGUCCUAAUGGGACGGCCGAUGCCAAUGGGGACAGGUGCACCACACAACAGCAACUUGAACACAGAAAUUUUUCAUCACGACAUGAUUGAUUAUUGUGUUAACCUCUCUCGGACUUUGCAAUCCAUCCGUAUACAGGUGAAGGAGGCAUUACCGCUGUCCAAGGAAGGGCAACUCCACGAUCUACAACCAGGCGAUUGGAUUGUGGUGAAGGAUUAUCGAAGACGGACCUGGAACUCACCAAGGUGGUUGGGACCAUUCCAAGUCCUUUUGAUCACAUCAUCAGCUGUCAAGGUAGCUGAGAGGGCCACCUGGAUCCACGCCAGCCAUUGCAGACGGGCACCACCACUCACGCCAACGGUCAUUUCCGACCCAACCGGUAGCUGAGAGGGCCACCUGGAUCCACGCCAGCCAUUGCAGACGGGCACCACCACUCACGCCAACGGUCAUUUCCGACCCAACCCCCUAGGCCGUCACCCCAACACUAAAACAGGGUGAAGUGCUGUUCACUCACCCUCACACAAUCACGUCAGAUCCAGGCCCAGAAACUUUCUCUGGCCAGGGGAGAGACGCGGCCAGAAUCGACAUCAAUCAACAUGGACACCAGAACCAGACGACGACAAUCCGUUCAGAGGCUCGGAUGGAGGAUCCGAGGAAUCAUUUGUGGUCUUGUUGUUCUAAGUGCAAUUAUGUUUAUUCCAUCAUUUUUAACGUGCAAACCAGUAAUGACACCAGAACCUCAUGUAAAUCCAAUAUCGACGGGAAUAAGGGCCAAGAGAGAGGUGGGACCUGAAAUUGAAAAUUCAAUAAUUCGGUUAAUGCACGAGACAGUAAGACAUCUAAACAAAACAAAUUGUUGGAUGUGCAUGCACAUACCCAGCAGUGCUGAAGGGCCGGUCGUAGCUGCAGUUCCGCUUUCCCACCUACAAUUUCUAACUGUGAAUUGGCGAAACUUAACAUCAAAUAAUUUAAACAAAGCUUGUGAUGACCCAAAAGAUGCAGCCUCGUUACAAAAAUAUUACAUAACAGCGCCAGAUAUCGUCAACAAGAUAGAAAAUGUCGCGAGAGAACACACCCCGCAGGGAUGCAAUCAAACACGGAUCAUCGGGAUGGCGAUAAUAUCAAGUAUAAAAGGUAACUUUGGUAGUCUAUUAACAGUGAAGUCAUAUCAUGCGCAAAUUGACUGUGUGGCUGGUGAAAGCGGAACACACUGUAACUGCCCACUUGUAGGAGCAAUAUGCAAUAGGUCGCAUAAUAUUCCCAGGAUCGAGUGUUCAACGGUGCUGACCUCAUCAAGAUUAGCACCACCAACCCUGCGUGCGACCCGAUGUGCAGAAACCAGGUGUGAACUUCCACACUCCACUAACCCCACGUUAAAAGAACAAAAAAACUCUCGUCAUCAGUUCACAAUAACAAAAUUGUUUAACGUUACGAAUUGCAUAAAUAUUACCCAACUCAAUCUGAACCCCAAGGACGUAAUCCAUCUGGAAAAUAGCAAUUGCAUUGGCCAAUUGCACAAAUUGUCCCUGAACGAAUCAAUACAAAUCAGUCCUAACUCAGUAGUUUUACCAACCGGAGUGUUCCUCGCAUGCGGCAGGAAAAUGUAUAGUUUUGUACCGAACCGUAUGGAGGGUACAUGUUACUUAGCAUACGCAGUACCAAUGCUUCGUGUGGUGACCCAGCAAGAAAUACAGGUGUUAGACGGACACCAUGCCAAACACAAACGUGAUCUCCAGAGAUUUCUAGGCAUGAUAAUACCUGGAUAUGGGGUGUAUUUAAAUCAACAGGAGACAAAGGCCCUAUCCACCGCAUUAGAGGCUCACAUUAAUAGCACGGACAGGGUCGUCACGGCCAUGUCAACACAACUCGAGGAGGUCACUAAGGUGGCACUCCAAAAUCGCAUGGCAUUAGACUUAAUCCUUGCCUCAACCGGAGGUGUGUGUAAAAUUAUUGGCUCGGAAUGUUGCUCAUACGUACACUCAGCGAAUCUAUCUGUCGUGAAGUUCCACAGGGAAAACAGCAAGGCCAUUAAUGACCUUGCUAAAAUUACUUCCUGGGAUAUCGAAAGUGUGUUCGGGAAUUGGUUCUCAGAUUGGAGUACACCCUUUGUAAGAAAUACGAUAAUGUUUUUUGUAGCCCUAUUGAUCAUUGUAAUAAUACUAAUUAUAACAAUUGCGUGCGUUAAAGCUUGUGUGAAGCAAUUAACCACAGCCGCGGUCUCCCAAUUUAUAAUAGUUGAACCAACGCAAAACAAGUACCCAGCUUUGACGCGGGUAGCUGGAACAUACCCUGCCUCGGAUUGGAAUAGUUUAAGCAGUGAGGAAGAGGAGUAACGAAAAUC